AUGAUUGUUGUACAUUAUUCUAUGUACGAUAUGAAUGAGAUAAAUCAAAUAACAAAACCAGUAAAUGAAAAUGCACCUAAUCCAGGACCUAUAUCACCUAAUACAGAGUCACCACCAUCAGCAAGACCAUUAACAUUAACACCUGUUGUUAAUUGUUAUAUUAUUCAAAAUCCAUGUUUUUUAAUGUUUUAUUUAAUUUUAUGUAUGAAUUUUAAAAGCAAUUACAAACAUGGUAUGUUUUUCAUUCUCUAUUUAGAGAAAAAACAAACAGGUAUUAAUGUUAAUGAUCUUGCUGAUGGUUGUGACUUUGUAUUAGGUGAUAUAGGUCCUAGAUUAGGUGCAUUUUCAUUUACUGGUUUUGUUAUUUGA